AUGUGGCAGCUCCAGCUCUUCGAGUUCUGGGAACGACGCCAUGCCUCCGCUUCGUGGCUCUCGGGAUACGUGAGCUCCAAGUGCUCGGCGUGGCCCGAAGCGAGCCAGCGGUCCACAGACGCGAUCGUCGCAGCGCACGAGCAGCCGAUCCUAAGAGAGCGAACGCGGUGCAAAGGCGUCGUGACAGCCUCGGCAAACUUAUGGCCGCUGACCGCCCGGCUCACGUCGACGACCUGGAGCCUGGAGCUACUAAACCCUACGGUCCUCACGUCGCUCGCAAUCGAGUAUGGCGGCGAAGGCAACCUCGACGUUGUCUCGCACGCACUGCCCCGACUCGUCGCCUUGCAAGAACUGAUCGUCGACGAGGCCGAUUUCAAGCAAGUGUCUUCGCCCCUGUCGUCGAUGAUGCCGCCGUCGAUGGCCCUUUAA